AGGAAAAAGGAAACCAAACCGGAGACAGGACGGAGAGAGAACACGUUGGAACAUCUUCGACGAGGGAGAGCUCGGAGAUUCAGAGAGAGAGAUGGGGAUAAGGUUCAUAUUGAUGGUGAACAAGCAAGGGCAGACGCGUCUGGCUCAGUACUACGAAUGGCUCACUCUUGAGGAACGUCGCGCUCUCGAAGGCGAGAUCGUUCGCAAAUGCCUCGCCCGCAACGAGAAGCAGUGUUCAUUUGUCGAGCACCGCAACUACAAAAUCGUCUACAGACGUUAUGCAUCUCUGUUUUUCCUUGUCGGGAUCGAUGAUGAAGAAAAUGAGCUAGCGAUUCUGGAGUUCAUACAUCUUUUGGUCGAGACCAUGGACAGGCACUUUGGCAAUGUGUGUGAACUAGACAUCAUGUUCCAUUUGGAGAAAGCUCAUUUCAUGCUCGAGGAAACGAUCAUGAACGGAUGCAUUGUUGAGACAAGCAAAUCCAACAUACUAUCGCCAAUACAGCUGAUGGACAAAGCCUCUUGAUAAAGGUUCCAUUUCGCCACACUUUCUUUUUCCUUUCAUUUCUGUCCCGUGGGAACUUGUUGUAUGUUAGCUAUUUGCAAGAAGAAAAGAUGAUUUUCCUAUUAUCAUCUUGUGGAUUUGAACUUCACAAGAUUGACAGUUCUAUUCGAUGGAUCAGACAAUGAAGAAGAAAAUAACAGUGUAUAUUUACAGUUCUAUCAUUAUGAAUUUGAUGGUUCGAUUAUGUCA